GAACUAAGAACACUUUAGAGAUGGGUUUAGUGAAUCAAUGUUUGGUGUUUGCUGGGGUUUUGUUUCUCAGCAAUUUGCUCCUUUGCAGUGCUGAUGUGCAUAACUAUGAAUUCUUCGUGCGAGAGGCAAACUUUACGAAACUGUGCAAUACGACAACGUUGCUGGUUGUAAACGGCAGUUAUCCUGGGCCAGAGAUUCGUGUUCAUAGAGGUGAUACUGUCUUCGUUAAUGUCCACAAUCAAGGAAACUAUGGUUUUACCAUUCACUGGCACGGUGUGAAACAACCGAGAAAUCCAUGGUCCGAUGGUCCCGAGUUCAUAACUCAAUGCCCAAUUCAACCGGGGACCAACUUCACAUACGAAGUCGUAUUAUCGGACGAAAUAGGAACCCUUUGGUGGCAUGCACACAGCGACUGGACUCGCGGUUCCGUCCAGGGAGCCUUUAUCAUUUUACCGGCCGAGAACGAAACUUAUCCGUUCCCGACACCGGAUGCCGACCAAACAAUCAUGCUUCAAUCAUGGUACAAUGGAGACUACAAGCAGAUUAUCGAUCAAGCACUUGCAACCGGUAUACCUCCUCGCCAACCGGAUGCUUAUGCUAUCAAUGGGAAUUUAGGAGACACAACCGGAUGUCCCAAUGAUACAAUGUUUCGUAUGCAAGUUGAUUUUCAGAAGACGUACCAUCUCCGGAUAAUCAAUUCUGCAAUGAACGAAGAGAAAUUCUUCUCCAUCAUGAACCACACCCUCACCGUCGUCGCACAAGACGCCUCCUACGUCGCAAGGUUUACGAGCGACUAUAUAUUGAUAAGCCCCGGACAAACCAUGGACGUUUUGGUCUUCGCCAACCAAAACGCCGGCCAAUAUUACAUGGCUACUAGGCCUUUCUCUGAUUCCGCGGCUUUGCCUGUUGACUUCAUUACUACUGGUGUUUUUGAAUAUUCAAACAGUGCGGGUGGAUUGAAUGCUUCCUUGAUCAAUCUACCUGCAAGAAACGAUACGAAUGCUACUAACAGCUUCGUCAGGCGAAUUAGAAACAUAAAUGUCACGCAGAACCCGCCACUGAAUGUGCCAACGGAUUCGGAAAUCAAUCGACGAGUGUACAUCGCAAUCGCCACGAACAACAUACCGUGCAACACCUCACAGUGUCUUGUACAAAACAGAAUAGUUGCGAGUAUGAACAAUGUCAGCUUUGUUUUCCCACGAAUUGACAUUCUCCAAGCAUACUACAACAGGACCACCGGUGUUUUCACCCAAGAUUUUCCCCUCAAUCCACCUGUAUUCUAUGAUUUCACCGGAAACUUGACUCUUCUCAAUCCGGCAGCUGAAUUAGGGACGAGGGCUGUUAUGCUAAAUUACGGCGAUGCAGUGGAGAUUGUGCUCCAAGCAACCCAGCUCGGUGCUGGUGGAAGUCACCCAAUCCAUUUGCAUGGUUUCAGCUUCUACUGGGUAGGAAGUGGUUCUGGAAAUUUUAACAAUCAGACUGACCCAAGCACCUAUAACCUGGUUGACCCACCACUCAUUAACACUGUCCACGUUCCUGGUAGAGGAUGGGUUGCCCUCAGAUUUUUUGCAGACAAUCCCGGGGUAUGGUUUAUGCAUUGUCAUUUCGAGAGGCAUAGCAGUUGGGGGAUGGACACUGUUUUCAUUGUGAGGAAUGGAACUACGACGGAGACGAGCAUUCGACCACCUCCAUCCAACAUGCCUCGUUGUACCUAGAAAAUAGAAUGAUAAGAAUAAAUACUAAUAAAUUGUGGAUCUUUAUUCAUUUUUAAACGU